AUGGACAAAGCAAAGGAGAGGAUAGAGGGUUCUGAGAUUGCUCAAUAUGCUAGGCUCCGUGAUUACGCAAAUGAGAUACUGAAGACUAACCCGGGGUCCACAGUGAGGAUACACACUAAUCCACAACCUGAUUCAAACCCUCUGUUUUUUAGAAUAUAUGUAUGUUUUGAAGCUUGUAAAAAGGGAUUUCUUAGAGGAUGCAGACCAUUUAUAGGAUUAGAUGGGACUUUUCUCAGAGGGUACUUUGGGGGUCAGCUACUUACUGCCAUAGGUCAAGAUGCAAAUAACCACAUAUACCCUAUUGCCUAUGCCAUUGUUGAGUCUGAGAACAAAGCCAGUUGGAAGUGGUUUUUAGAGAUACUAGAAGAGGACAUUGGAGAUUUCAGAGCAAAUGAAUUUAACUUCAUGUCAGAUAUGCAAAAGGCGACUACUACCCAAGAUUUUGAUGCUGCCAUGGAAAGGCUUAAGAAAAUCAACGUUCGAGCUUGGGAAUAUCUAGACAAGAUCAAACCCAAGCAAUGGAGUAUGGCUCAUUUCAGUGAAUACCCAAAGGUGGACAACUACACGAAUAAUAAUUGCGAGGGAUUUAAUAGUAAGGUUAAGAAGAUGAGAGGAAAAUCCAUCAUCACCAUGCUUGAAGAAGUUAGAUGCUAUGUCAUGAGAAUUAUAGCACGAAAUAAGAAAGCACUAAUUGGAUACAACGGAAGAUUAACCCCUACACAACAGAGCAGACUUGAAAGGGAGAAAAGAGAAAGCAAUAAAUGGAGACCUCUGCCAACUGGAGACAAUGCUGGAAAUGUGUAUGAAGUACAAUGUUUACCGGUAAAAGUUAGUGUGGAUUUGGGCAAGGGAACAUGCAGCUGUAGAGUGUGGCAACUAACUGGCCUACCAUGCAGGCAUGUAUGUGCUGCCCUAGCUUAUCAGAACAGAAGACCUGAGGAGUAG